UGUGCUAAUCAAGGGUUUGGAAAGCUGAUUUUUGGACCUGGGACAAAACUCUUUGUUACUCCAAACCUCCAGGAUUCUGAUCCUUCUAUCUACAAGCUGAAGUCCCCUGAAACACAUAUUUCAGCUUGUCUUAUCACAGACUACUUCCCUGACAAUAUCAGAAUCUCUAACAAAGAAAAGAAUGAGUCAUUUCAAAGCUCCAUUAUCGAAGUGAGAAACCCAGAGAGCAACAAGAAGGAAGCCAGCUAUGGAGGAGUGCAUUGGUUUGAAUCUGACUUUGAUGGUUACGUUAACCAUUCAUUGCACUUCACAUCCAAGUGCCCAGAAGAUACCGAAGAUGAAGAAGAUACAUGUAUAACCAUGAAGAUGUCUGACAACUUUGAGACAGAUGAGCAUCUGAACUUGAUGUCCUUCAUGGUACUGGGCAUGAAAGUCAUUUUCCUGAAGGGAGUCGCAUUCAACCUGAUCGUGACCUUCAUUGCAUGGAGGAGCUAAGGUGUGAAAGAAAUGUGAAUAUCUGUGAUUAAGAGUGAUGGGAGUUACCAAAAGCCCUCCUAUCUUCUUCUCACCAGACCGUCCCAUACAGCAACCAAUGAACCCCAUACCAAAGGGGAUUGAUUGUCAACAGUCACCUCUCUACAUGCAGCUCACCAUAUAUAAUGUUCAAGAAGUGCUUUAAUUUAGUAUGCUUCAUAAGGACCUUGCUGAUUGUUUAAAAACCCUCAUUACUCUCAACUCCCAUGUGCUGACCAAUGCAUCUUCACUACCUUCCUGUGUGAGGCAAGGAACUGUUAAUUUGGACUUGUCGGGUGUUGUCAAAAAAGCUUUUUUCAAUGGAAAGUGGGUUUCCUUCCAUCCUCAUUAAAUUGCCACUUUGUAGAAAGUGUCUUUUCAGGCAGGGAAUAAUUGUUUGCUGUUGAAAGCCUACAAAGCUGAAGAAAGUGACUUAGCACCAACUUUUUAAUCAUACUUUGACAUUACAGCCAAAUGUGUUUUGGGCGGAAAUGUUUACUUUCCAAUGAUCUUGCAAAAAUCAAGCAAUUGAGAAAAAGAUCUCCAAAAGCAUGUGUAGGUGGGUGGGGUUCACUGAAAGAAAAAAACCAUGGGGGAGGAAACCAUUUUGAAACUGAAAGGGGAAUAGAUGCAUAGAAAGAUUCAGAUUUUCAAUGAGCACUGACUCCCCAUUGAAAUUAAUGCUGAAUUUCUCAUUCCAGUCCAAAACACAGCCUCAAAUCCUCUGUCCCCGGCAGAAUUUUCAAAGGGGAAUCAGGAGACAACCUGCAUGUGAAAUGCAAUGGAUGAGAUUUGGACAGGCAGUUUUUGUGGGCUCCUGUGCAAAUUGCUAGCCAGUAGUUUCCUAACAGCCCCAGGCUUUUUAAAGCAGAUGGUUUGAAAUUGAAAUUGGAUAAUUUCAGACUGAAAAUUAAGCCUCAUUGUGCACAACAUGUAAAGAGCAAUUAGGCAGUGGAACACCUUAGGGAUGGGGUGGAUUCUCUGAGACUUGCAGCUUUUCAGCCAGUAGCAGAUGUCUUUCCAAGAGCCAAGUGUUAGCUCAACUGGGAGAUAAAAUCCUGAGACAGAAGUCAGGAGUGAAUAGAAAUCCCUUUGCUUGCUUCUUGGAGAUCAGAAUGGGGGCAUAUCACAGCACUGCCUGGCCCUGAUGACUAUCCGAGCACAUACACAUGCAUACGCAUGCAUAAUAUCACAUACAUGCUUCAUAACCAACUCUCCAACCAUUGACUAUUCAGAGUUUGAGCUAGAUCUUUGCUGGUGUGAUUCAGCUUAAUUGCAUUGAUUUUAGCCAACUUCUGAAAUACAUGCUUUCAUCAAGGACAAGUUAUCAGGCUCAUUACAGGGGACUAGAUAGUCUAGUAAUUUCUUCUGAUUGACACCAUUCAUAGAGACCAACACCAGUUUAGGAUUUCCCUCUCUUCCUCUCCCCUUUUUUUCUUUUUUAGUCCUAUUUUUGUUAUCUUUUCUCUAGCUCUCAGCCAUAGACUUUUGCAAGUAUAUCGUUUAUCAUUUUUAGAGUUGUAUAAACUAUGCAUAUCUACUCAUGUUUAGCCUUUAAAAAAAGAAGUAUAGUUAUUCAUAUGAAUUUUUUAUUCCUGCUCAGAGUCUUUGUAUUGCACCAAUGAGAUCACCAUAUACUGUCUUUUAUUCUACCUGGUGCCAUGCGCUGCUAUUAAAGAUCUUUGUUGAUUA